CUCCUCUGCCCUCGUACGGUGUGCGGAAACCGGCAUGUGUCGAUUCCUCGCAAAUUCUUCGCUAAUUUCCCCCCUGUCGUCCAGUUGGAAACCCAUCCAGUAGCCAGUGAUAGCUCAAGCACCUCUUGACAGCAUCUCGUUGUGUUUUUGUUGGUUUCGAGACACCUUACAUCCUGCUCACGUUGCCACCAUGUCAAACAUGGGUGUACAGUAUACCCAAGCUGACGUCGCCAAGGGUCAAGAAGGGCCAGACGCCACGGCUAAACAGCCCGACGUUACCAUCCUUCAUCCAGCCAUGAAUCCCGCCCACCAAGGCAUCCAACAGAUCGUUAAUUGUUUCCGCUUCGGCACGCCCUUCCUGAAGCAGCUUAUCCUACAGGAAGCCGACGUGAUUUAUGAGUGCCGCGUUUGCCGCAGCCUGUUUCGUGGACUGCUGAACUUUGUCGAGCACAAGAAGUGCUUUUGUGUUGAGCGUGCCGGCGUUGACGGCCAUGUGGUCGGUAAGCGACAGAACACUGAUGCCAGAGAGUAUGGAAUGUCACCUGAAGAAGCCGCCCACAUUCUGUCUUGGGGAGCCUCCAUCCCUGACAAAGACAUCAGAACAAAAUCAGAAGGCACUUCAACAAAGAAAGGUGGCACCUCAAAGCAGUCCAGUAGAGGAGUGAACUUUCAACUUGUCAAAGAUGACCCUGAGGACUCUAAGUUUGUUGUCCUUCGCCAGAUCCCAACCACAUCAAGAGCGGUGGAGCAGCAAGUUGUCAGGCCUGAUCAGAUUCUCCACGAGGAACAGAUCAACAAACUAAGUGCAUUCAACUCUCUGAGAGAUCAUGGCGAAGACACCUCUAAGAUUGUCGGUGAGAUAACCAUCCGUCAGGCUGCCAAAGCAGGAAGAAUCCCUACUGCUACAUUUGGGGAGAAGAGAGACACACUGCACACCCUGCUUAAGACAGUGAAUACUCAAGUUUACCUGGAAAAAUGUACCUCUCCUCCCUCUGACAUGGGGAAGAAAGACUCGCUACGAGUUGAAGUAGAGACCCCCAAAUCUGCAGUGAGCCCAACUAUGUCUCGGUCGAGUGUUUCACCACGUGUUCCUCAUGCUGACAAGAAGUCUAGCAGUGUAUCUCCUCGACAGAAGAAGACGACUGCUACUCCCCGUUUAACUGCGCAGCAGAUAUCUGCAAGGAACACCUGCAAAGUGUGUAAGAAGAAGUGUAAGAAUUGGACUGCCCUCGCAUGGCACAUGAGAAUCCACAAGAAGCCACUCUUCAAGUGUCCGUUGUGUCAGUAUCGCAGCCCAUCUGUGUACAAUGUGCGUCGCCACAUCCAGGCUAUGCAUAACCUGUCCACUGACAGAGUAGAUGAACUCCUGAGUCGCAAGAUCGAGGAAAAGGGUGAGGAAAGCUCCGAAAGCAAGAGUGCUCAAAAUAACAAUGACAGCAGCUCCUCGCCAACUUGUGACAUCUGUUUUAAGACAUUCGCCAAUCGUCGUAAUGUGGCACGGCACAAAGUCAUCCAUGAGAGAGAGAAGUUACAGGCUGAAGGGAAGUAUACUCCUGCAUCCAACGCUACCCAGGAGGAAAUUGCCAGGGGCAAAGUCAUGCAGACCAUGGAUGAGAAAAAUAUGCGUUGUCGUCGCUGCCACAAGCAGCUGUCGACAGUGCGGCGACUGCAGCAACACUGCUGUAACCACUUUGGUUACAAUCGGUACAGAUGCCGUAUGUGUCCCUAUGAAAACAAUGACUACACACAGAUGCGCCGUCAUAUGAUGGGCAAACAUGGCCGGCAGUUCCGUACCAUUCAGCAAAUUUCAGAGGCUAUCAAAUCCAUGAAGGUCGGGGUCUGGAUCAACUUGACUCAGAGUCAAAACACUGAUGAUUCCGAUUCUAAAAAAGGCAUUGGGUCAACGAGCAAAUCAGUCAAAUCUGAAGAGAAGAAUCCAAAGCAAGGAGCAAGCUCAAAGGGUGGAAGCACUCAUUCUAAACAGACUACAGCAUCUACGAAGCAGUCUAGCACAUCUGCCAAAGCGUCUGCAGCUGAGAAGACUAGUACCAAAGGAACAGAUGACGUCAAAGGCAAUGUAUCUCCAUCUCCAGUUAGACAUAAGACCGAGUUGACAACAAGUAAAGUCACUGAGAGCCCAUCUAAGGAUACAGCAUCCUCGUCAACAAGCUCUCCAGGGACCUCAAGGAGAUCUUUAGUCGAUUCAGUUGUCUUGGGGAAGGAGAGAGAGACUCCGAUGCGUCAGGCAAGACUGAAUCACCGAAGCGUCUCGCCUAAAGGUCCACGAGAGAAGGAGGAGGAAGAAGACAAAGCCUUGCUGCAAACGAUGAUGGACAAGAAGAACAUGAAGUGUCUCAAGUGCAAGAAGCGGUUUCAGUACCACAGCUCAUUGCUGCGACACACCCGCAUCCACCUCCUGGAGGAAUCCUCGUCGCUGGAGCAGGGCAGCAAUAAGAAAAACCAGGAAUCCGCCUCCAAGAAGGCUCAAGCCAUCAAAGCCAUGAUCAACCCAAGUCAACUGCGAUGUCUGAAAUGUCGGAAGCGUUUUACAAGCAUGAGCACACUCAAACAGCACGUUGGACGCCAUCUUGGAUACAGCACCUUCAAAUGUCGGUAUUGUGGGUAUCUGUCGCACAACUACUCCUGGUUUAAGAACCACCUUUUGAUGAAGCACCCUACUCAAGUUGGUACUGUCGAGCUAGGACAGCUCAUAGGCAGCAUGAAGACAAAGUAAAGGUCUACUAAUAUCCUUUGUUUAAACAAGACUUGAGGUACAUAGUUAAAGUAGAAUUUGCAUGCUGUGCUUUUUUAGAUGAACGUAACGAGUCCAGCCGUCGAUUUCACAAAACUUUUCCUAACUUAGGAUGAAUCUUAUGACUUAGGUCG